UCGCCCUUGUGGGAAAGUGUUUUGAUUCUGUGUCGGCAAUUUGAGUUAAGUUAAAAAGAUCCGACUUAACCGUAGCACGCUAAGGUAUCGGCUUAGGUUACCUCGCGGUUUUUAGGGUGAUUCGAUUAUCACAGUAGGUUUAACUGGGACUGAUAGUUAUAGACUGACUCUGCAGUGGCUUAUCUAGGAUUCCGGUGUUAGUUGUUAAUUCACACAAGUGUUGAGUAAGAGAGAGCGAGGAUCGGGGUUUAAGUAACUGGUAUAGAUUGGAGAAAGUGGAUCACAUCCAAACUGACGCCCUGGUAAAGUCGGUCAUAAUUUAUCAGAACACAUCGGAUAAUAUUCCUUGAAAGAGAAUACUCGAAUUCGAACUGAUUCUAUACCAGGGAAUAAUAAGAAGAGUCACCUGAUAAUCUGAAUCAAACAGUUAGAGAAUGUCGUUCACCAUAGAAGCUUUGUUAGGGAUACAGCCUAAAGUGGAACAAGAAGAAGUUCAUAUACGAAUUCCAAAAAGUUGUUCGGAAGACGAGGAAAGCAAUGAAGAAGAUAUUGAUUUGGAAGGUAGAGUUUUGUAUAUUUAAAUACUGACAAUAGGAGUUACAGAACUGAGCUAUCUGAAACUAUAAGUUACAAGAACAUUGAGCGUUUGGAACGAAGGCCCUUUGGACGAAGUUCUCGUUAUAGUUUUUCAAGUAUAAGUUGAUCCUGUAAUCCAUCAGCUUUACUGUUUGUCGCUAGCUAUACUAGAGCCCCACAUUUGAGAUUUUAAGUACUAAGUAACAAACGUAGAAUUAGGAGAACUUGAUUCACAGAGUUGGCGCGUCUCGUAUUCCUUACCAGUUGAUAGUCAGAUGAAUAAGAUAGAUUCAGAUAUAUUUUAGUCUAAACAGUUUCAUCUUCCAUUAUUAUAGAGUAUAAAAAAGAUGCAUGCAUAAAUAGAUAACCGGUUACUUUCAAGUGGAAUACAUGUUAAGGCCCGUUCAAACUUCAUCCAAACGAUGGUGGGCUCGUUUGGAGACUAUAGGCUAUAGUGUUUACACUAUCAAAGUUUAUGUGAUCACAAACAGUAUAGGAAUUUUGCAUCGGUAAAUUCUAAGAUUUGAAGGAUUAGUAAGAAAUGUUUGAGAGAACUGAGCCAAUAUUUAACACUGAAUCAGUUCCCUUACAAAUUCUACAAACACAAAACAUACCUAUGCAAAAUUACUACUGUGAUCGCAGAAGCUUUGAGACCAGCCUUCAAUGUGGUAAUGUUAUCGCUGACGUUGGAUUGGGUUUGACUUCGUCUAAAAUUUUCAUCCGAAAUGGACUCUUUUGAAAGUGCUUUAGCGAAUCUUAUAUUAAAAAAGAUCUAUCCAUAUACUAGACUUUCCAUAUACAUAUAAAAGUUUGGAAAAGUAUGUCGGUCAACUGUUCAGCAUUAUACCAUGCAGUCUUGAACUGAACGAGCAUGCACAGCGGUACUUGCAUCAAGUCAAAAUAUUAAUGUGUACGUAUAAUCUUUCUUCUUUGCUUAUUGCCCUGUCAACUUAUGCAUUGAUGUUGAAUUAAUUUUAACACGGACUGUUAAAUGCCACAGUUAGCUAGGAUUUGUCGUUUUGUUUGAACGAUAAAUUUCUGAACAACAUCAAUGACAUUUAAUUCUUGGCGGUUCUUCUCAUGGACACCGGUAUAUAAAGGAACCAGUUCCCAAGUAAUAUAUCUCUUCAUUUUAUAAGAAUCUCGUUUAUACUUGAUAAAAAUAUUGAGACUGAAAUUAGCAAAAUUUGAAGAAUAUUAUACCAAGAAUAUAGCUAAGGCAGAGAUAUUUGGGAAAAUAUUAAAAUGGAAUCAUAAAGUACAUCAAUACUGCACAACACGAACGGCCGUAUUGUAUCGGAUAAACAAACGGCAUGAGAGCAUUCGUAUUCUUCAACAAUUUAAAAUGAACGAAUGAUAUGUGGUAACUGAACUUAAAGUUUAUGUAAAUCAGCACGAUUUUGUAUCAGAUAUACAAACUCCUUCACGCGCUCAUGAUUUCUUUCAGUGUUUUCUUCAUGAAUUAUUAUUUCAUAAUUAUAUGAGCCUACCGUAACGCCAUGAUGAAUUGGUGAGACGUUCAAGAUUCCUAUGUUUCUGAAACUGUGUGAUCUAAGCCGGAAUAUACGUGCGAAUAUUCUAAGCCUAAAUUUGUCAGAAAAAUAGCGGGAACAUCCAGUAUGCGUACGCGAUUUCAUAUUCUUAUAAAACGAAAAGAUUGUAGUACGUUUUUGACGGUUUGAAGCUUAUAUAUUUCUUUAGUUUGAAAAACAACAUUUAUGAAGGCUGCUUUCCGAAACGGAAAAGUUGAAAUAUCUUUAAAUGUUACUUAUGAAAUAACUGAAUGAAUAAAAAGGAAGGCAUGUAGUUUUGUGAAUGAUUCAAUGUGCAUUUGUUAUAAUUCAUACUAAUGUUGAAUUGAAAAAGAUUUAAAAUUUUCCCUGCGUAUAAAAACGCGUGACUGGAACCUUCAUUCAUUCGGCCGAUGGCUGUUCCGUCGUUCUUUAAUUAAAGCCUAGUUUACACUGUCGAAGUUUCUGUGAUCAAAGUAGGAAUUUUGAAUGGGUAAAUUCUAAGUUUUUAAGGAUUUGUAAGAAAUGUUUGGGGGAACUGACUCGGUGUUUAACAAUGAGCCAAUUCCCUCAAACCAUUCUUACAAAUCCUUCAAAACUUAUUCGAAUUCCCACUGUGAUCACAGAAAUUUUGAUAGUGUAAAACCAGUCUUAAACUGUUUAUUGACUUGGAUGCGGACAUACCUGAUAUGGUUGCAUGGUAGUUGACUUUGAUUAUUGGUAUCACGAAUUAGUCUUGUCUGUUGAACGUACAAUAACUUUGCAAUAUUGAGCGCGAGGAAUGGUCUCAAACGGUUGUGUCCAAGAUUUUAGCUUCCCCUAGCUGAAGACGGUUUGAACAUGCCCUUUCUUUGGUUCACUUUGUAACUGUAAGACCUACCCCUACCUCAAAUAUAGACAAAGGUUUCCAAACGAAAGAUACCAGCAGGGGUUCACUUGCCAAAAGGAGGCGAUGAAUUAAAUAGCCUGUAUUUCUUUAAAACGUACAGACCAUGUCCCCAUGCGGAAACAUUGCAAGGUAAAGCGUUAAAUAAUCUGGCUUUUCGAUACUUUACAGCAUAUGGAAUCUCAAAAUUAACAUCAGACAAUAGCUAAAUUCGUGAAUGCACCGCACAACAACUCAAAAUAACACUAAACAAGAAUAGCCUGAAGGCGGAAUAUUUUAAGCUUUUCCGUUUUGUCUUUUAUUAAACAAUGGUACGAAAUUGACAACAAAUUAAUAAGGUGAGAAAAAUUCUGAUGAGAAGAAUUAUUAUUCCUAUAAAUAUUAAAUGAGUCAGUGAAGAACAGUAGGAUUUGUAAAUCAUUACAACCAAAUUCUAAAUCCCAAUGUUCACGAGGCUUUUGCAAUGAAAACUGUUACUGAAAAGUGAAAUGAAAAGUGAAAUGAAAAGUAUUAGUCACGGUGUGUGAAGCUCAAGACAUAUCUAGUUUUAUUUGGAUUCAAUAUUCUUCAUUUGGUAUUAAAUAUGGUUCAAAAUGUCUUUUGUUUAUAUCUGCUCUAUACACUAUCAAAGUUUCUGUGAUCACAGUAGGAAUUUUGCGGAGGUAAAUUCUACGUUUUGAAAGACAUGUAACUCUGUAAGAAAUGUUUGAGGAAACUGAAUCGGGGUUUAAUACAGACUCAAACAAUUCUCGCAAAUCCUUUAAAAACCUAUGUAAAAUUCCUACUGUGAUCACAGGAACUCUGAUAGUGUUUUACCAACCUUAAGUUUGAGUGACAUAAAACUGACUUGCCAACUGAAAAUAUUAAUAAGGUCACGUAAUUUUGAACAUGGGUGUAAACAGAUAUUUUCCAUCCAUGCAAGUUUCCCAAUAUCAAAAUAACGUACCUCCUGGUCGAUUUCCUAAUCCAAUAAAUCUUAAUUAAUCGAAUCCACAUUUUUCUCAUAUGUAAUCUCUUAAUGUAUAUUUUUUUUAAAUAAUGUCUAGUAAAUUUAUCGUUUCCACAAAUAAUAUGUUAUUGUAUACUUUUUAGAUAAGAUUUCUAAAUUUACUUUUCCUAGAAAUAAGUGACAGUGUUAUCCAAUGAAUAUCAUUAUCGUUUCCACAAAUAAUAUCUUAUUGUAUACUUUUUAGAUAUCAUUUCUAAAUUUACUUUUCCUAGAAAUAAGUGACAGUGUUAUCCAAUGAAUAUCAUUGUCGUUUCCACAAAUAAUAUCUUAUUGUAUAUUUUCUAGAUAUGAGUUCUAAAUUUACUUUUCCUAGAAAUAAGUGACAGUGUUAUCCAAUGAAUAUCAUUAUCGUUUCCACAAAUAAUAUCUUAUUGUAUACUUUUUAGAUAUGAUUUCUAAAUUUACUUUUCACCUAGAAAUAAGUGACAGCGUUAUCCAAUGAAUAUCAAUCCACAUUUUGUCUUAAGUUUAUCAUUUCUACGAAAGAGUGCAGUAGUUCUUAAUGCACACAUUCUGUCCAAACUUAUCUUUCUAGAAAUAACGUCUUAACGUGUCUUUCCUAGAAAUAAGUGACGAGGAAGAUGAAGCUCAAAACACCGGAACAGAGAGUUCCAAGAAUCAAACAGCAACAAUACAUACCAUCCUAUCUCGACGCGGUCAAAAGCUUCGCCGUCGACGGACAGUAUUCUCUAGCAUGCAACUACAUUAUCUGGAACAGAAAUUUCUCAGUAACCAUUACCUUACCAUCCCCGAGAGAGACGCGCUUGCCCAAUCACUCAAUCUCAACAGCAGACAAGUUAAAACAUGGUUCCAGAACCGCAGAACAAAAUGGAAAAGAGAUGGCUUGGGUGACCUGGUCCAACCUAUGACGUCAUUACCAAGUAUGACCUCAAUACCAAACAUGGCGUCAUUACCAAAUAUGGUGUCAUUACCACAUAUGACGUCAUUAUCAUCUAUGACGUCACUAUCACCUAUGACAUCAUUGCCAAUUACGUCAUUACCAUCUAUAACGUCAUUCCCUUCUAUGACGUCAUUGCCUCAUAUGACAUCAUUACAUGGACAAGUACUGCCAUUAUCCCCGACAGGAUACAGGUUUCCGAUGUUUGGACUGCCAUUAUCAAGUCAUGAGAUGAACUUCUCCAACUGUCAUAGCAUAUUAAGACCAACUCGAUAUACCUAAUAACUUACUGUGUGCUGUACAUACUGAAGACAUAAUGAAGAAUAUACUGUAUAAAUAAAGUUAGUUAAUUUUAUUCACACUGGAUAGCAGUUUAUCAGUUCUAAACUGAUACAAUCCUUCCAAUUAAAUGAAACGAAUAACGCAUGCAAUCGUAGAAAUAGAGAAACCGAUUUAGCACUUCCCAAGCAGAAGAAAGAUUUCGCUCUAACUAUAAUGGUGCUUUGGAAUAACGCUGCACUUUGGAAUAAAGUACCAUAGGAGGUAAAAAUUACCCAAUCCGUAAGUACCUUUAAAUUAAACAAAGAAUGUUUUGAAACCGGCUCAUCAAUUUUCAACCAUGAAUCUGUAUAUGAUAUGUAUUUUCAUAGUGUUCUCUUGCUUCUACUUUCAUUAUUUCUUAUUUUAAUCAUCUUCCAGUUAUUAUGCAACAUACUAGCUCACUGUAUAUGUUGUUUAUGUACGUAUUUGUCCGAUCACGCCCCUCGUGGGAACCAGUUUUAGUAGCGGUUGAAGUUGGCGUGUUAAAAAUAAAGUUUGUAGAUCUUUGUAGGUAUGGACCAACAACGACCAUCCUUUACGUAAUAUUUCAAGUCCGACUAGGACUAAAAAAUUAAAAAUGCGAGGACUUGAAAUCUACAAUCAGUUACAAAUGUGUUGGGACAGAUGCAGCAAAACCCUUUAAUUUUAACUCGAUACAGUUCCGUAGUAUAAAUACCUUGUUGCGUAAAAAUUUCAAUUUAUAAAUUGCAUUACUCCAUCUAUUAAUUUUAAGCAUUCCCAAGUAUAAAUCAAGUAUUUGGUAGAAAAAAUUUGCAAUAUUCUUGAACAUAAUAUUGUUUCCAUAGUAACAGUAGCCUCGCCAAAUAUGGUAUUUUUUGCUAUUUUAAGCAGGUUUUUAUUCUUUAUUUUCCGUAUAUUGCCGGUGACCCCCAAUUUUUAACUGCUG